GCGUGCAGAAGAGCACUGCACAGAUAAUUGAAUACAUUUGCACGCUCUCUCUCUCUCUCGCUUUUUCUGAACCAAGGCAUUCUGACGAUGACAGCAUAAAAACACGUAGCCCAUGGCGCUACGCUGACCAAUGGUUCACUGUAGGAGUAUAUUGAUGGGACUUAUCUCGUGGUUUGGUUCUUUAUGGCACUUAAACUAAACUUCUGAGAAAAGUGUUUUAAAAAACGCUUCUGCGUUUGUGCAGAGGGGAGAUAGAGAUGUCAUCUGGUCAAGGAAUACUGAACGUCUUCUCCUGCUCCAAUCCAGGCUCCAAAGCCAUCUCCAAAAGGAAGUUGCGACAAACUCGAAGCCUGGACCCUGAUAUUAUAAGGAAAUGUGGCACCGAGACAGAUGGAACCCAUGGGGACCGCUUGGGGUUACCGGGUUUGAGCGUUGAGGACGCAGGUGCGUUUUCAUCCUCGCCAAGCUCCCCUGAGCACGCGGUUGCGUUGAAAUCAGAUCCCCGUUCCAGAAAUCUUAGGGUAAAACAACCCCUCUCGUCUUCAUCUGGUCCCUCCACACCCUCGGACCUCUCCCCGAUAUCAAAUUUUCACUUUGACUAUGACGUUACUGUGAGGGGCGCAAAGCGGAAUACCGCGUGGGAUUUACCGUUUCUGGUGAGGAGCCCCAGCGUCACUCCAACUGGGAGCACGAACACAUUAUUCUCACCGCGGAGAUGGCUUCAGAAGAAGCAGCAACAGUCCAGUUCUCACGCCUAUAUCGUUUGGAAGUCGGAGGGUGACUUCACCUGGAACAGCCUGUCAGGGCGGAGUGUACGGCUGAUGCCGACGGCCAUCCAGAGCCUGUCGGAGCUGGAGCGAACCUGGCUACAAGAGGUGGCCUUCAACAGGCUCCAUCAAGACUAUGACCUAGGCUGCCAGAUCACCAUCCCCAAAGAUGGACAGAAAAGGAAGAAGUCGUUGAGGAGGAAGUUGGACUCAUUGGCAAAAGAGAAAAACAAAGAUAAAGAAUGCAUCCCCCAGGCCUUCGGUAUGGCCCUGUCCCAGGUGAUCGCCAACGACCGGAUCCACAGGCAGCGCCAGGACAGCCUGCGUCAGGACCCUCCUCCCAGGGAGGAGCAUAAGGACCCGUCGGACCUGGUGUCGUCCAUCCUGCAGUUUGCCACCAAGAGGUCCACCAAUAAGGAGCUGUCCAGCAGUAACUCCUCCCUCAGCUCCACCUCGGAGACAGCUAACGAGUCCACGUCACCCAACACGCCCGAGGCCGCCCCGCGGGGACGCAGGAGGGGGGGCAUGUCGGUGGACUCCAUCACAGAUCUGGAUGAUAACCAAUCCCGCCUGUUGGAGGCGCUGCAGCUCUCUCUGCCUGCUGAAGCAACCAGCAAGAAGGAGAAGCACCGGGACAAGAGGCUGAGCCUCAACCCUAUCUACAGACAGGUGCCUCGCCUGGUGGACAGCUGCUGCCAGCACCUGGAGAAGUACGGUCUUCAGACGGUGGGGAUAUUCCGAGUGGGGAGCUCCAAGAAGAGAGUGAGGCAGCUGAGGGAGGAGUUUGACCGGGGAGUGGACGUCCAGUUAGAUGAGGAGCACAGUGUCCAUGACGUGGCCGCGCUGCUCAAAGAGUUCCUCAGAGACAUGCCUGACCCUCUCCUCACCAAGGAGCUCUACACUGCCUUCAUAAACACCAUGUUGCUGGACUGUGAGGAGCAGCAGAGUGCCACCCAGCUCCUGGUCUACCUGCUGCCAGCCUGUAACAGUGACACCCUGCAUCGCCUCCUGCAGUUCCUCUCCACCGUGGCCAACCAUGCCCACAACAGCCAGGACAAAGAUGGACAGGAGGUGACAGGGAACAAGAUGACCUCUCUGAACCUGGCCACCAUCUUUGGUCCCAACCUGCUCCACAAGCAGAAGAGUUCAGACAAGGAGUUCAGCGUGCAGAGUUCGGCCCGCGCCGAGGAGAGCACCGCUGUUAUCGCUGUCCUCCAGAGGAUGAUCGCAACCUUCCACUCCCUCUUCAUGGUGCCCCCAGACCUGCAGAAUGAGGUCCUGAUGAGUUUACUGGAGACUGAUCCUGAUGUGGUAGACUAUCUGCUCAGGAGAAAGGCAUCACAGAGUCCAGACUUGUUGCGAUCGGAAGAUCCUUUCUCCCUGAGCGAGAGGCGCUCCUCCAGUGACUCUAACAAGGUCUCCAGUGGAGAGGUGUCCCCCUAUGACAACAACUCCCCCAUCCUGUCUGAGCGCCUGGGGGAAGGGACCAGUCCAGGGUCAGAGAGGCUCUUCCGUGUCCCAGAACAGUACACCCUGGUGGGGCCGGUGGCAGGACGGACGCGGGACCCCCAUGGGUCCAAUCCCUGGGUCUCAAAAGAGGAGCAUGCUAAUAUCUGGGGAGCCUGGCAUUCCACUCUGAAACCAGGGCUGAAGGAUCAGCCUUAUGCAGGUUCCCAUAGCAACAUGUCAGAGGGCAGCUCACGCAGCUCCCAGGAAGGACUUGACAGUCUCCAAGGCGACGCCAGGCAGGUGGUACGACAGACACAGACUUCGCUGGGUGUGGCCGAGUGCAGGCCCCACCCCCCUGUGACACGGGUCUGCAGCAGCCCUCACGGCGAGGCGGGACGGCCGCGCCUCCAGCUGAGCCUCAACCCCGUGACCCCACCCCAUCUGCACCCCGAUGGCCAAUCAGCAGCUAGCAGCGCAGAGGACCUCCCACACCUCCCCCAUGACAUUGGACACCAGUAUAGCUCCAGCCCUAACUCCACCAACUCGGGUCCUGCCCUCUCAGGGCGUCCUCCCCCUCCCCCGUACGGUGGCUCGUCCUCCAGGCUCUCCCCUGCUGCCUCUAAACCAGCCCAGCCUGCCUCCCCCGCAGCACCUCCUCACCAGCACCCCCUGCAGGGUGGGAGGCCACCAGUGCCACAGAACUCGGUUUCCCCCACCACGGACGGCAUGGUACCCAUGAGCCCAGAGUGGCAGGACUGGCAGAGGGACAGGUGGCAGAUCUGGCAACUCCUGUCCUCCGAAAACGCAGACACACUCCCAGAGACACUGGUGUAAGCUGGACCAUAGGACCAUGGAGUAGUGUUAGCCGUCCCUCCCCUCUGUCCUCCCUUUUGUCCCUCCCCCCAAACAUGGACGCCAUGGCGUUGUUUACAUGUGCAGCUGCUGCCUAUACUACGGACUUGGUACGGAGUCACUAGUGUUUCCUGUUUGCUAUGUAUUGAUCCGCGAUGGAUCCGCGAUUGAUGUUGUUAUUAAAUACUCUCUCUGAGCUGUUUCAGAAAGGAUGAAAAUGAACUGUCAGCAAGACAUACCUCAAACGUCAAGUUCAUCAGUUUGAUUCACAGUUAUUAUUGCAUUUCCACAUUUCGAUAAGGCCCCAGUUUAAAUUUAGCUGAAUGUAAUAUGUAGAGGUAACUUUUAAAGACAGGAAGGCUUAAAGUUUAUGACAAUUGAUAAGCUACAGUCAAUUUACAUGAAGUCAUCACAUAUAUUAGUGAUCGCUGCUAAUAUUCAGAAUGUAUUUACUUGCUGACAAUAUAUCCCGGUAUGUUCCGUACAAGUUUGUAUGAACAGAGUUUUAUUCAAUGUCAGUCACCAAGUAACAGAGCCCAUAGUUCAGUUUUUGCAACAGUUCGUAUAUAAGCAUUAUAAUGUAUUUUAUGUCGACCUAGCUAACAUUUUUUUUACAGGCUGUCGAAAUGUUUGUGUUGUGUGGUUUUAACACGGUUUAAAAAGAUAACGUCUGUCAAAGCUUUACUGUACCAAGUUGGGUUCUAAAGGAAAGCUAUUCUUGCCAUCAGUACAGUACUGUGCCAUGUGCCAAAGUUCUUUCAUUCCUUUACUCUCUCUAUUCAUCAAAUGUUUUUUGGGCAUCUAUAAAGUCUCAUCUGCUUUGCCUCAUUCCAUAGUUAACAUUGUGCUGUUAUCUAUUGGAUUUCACUUCACCAUGGUUGCUACAUUUACAUUUACAUUUACGUCAUUUAGCAGACGCUCUUAUCCAGAGCGAGUUACACAGCAUGGCUUAUCAUACAAGCUCAUAUCAACAUCAUUCAUUCCAAUGAUUUCCCUCAUUCCAUUAGGUGGUUGAUGUCAAGGUUAUGGCUGCAAUAUUUUUAGAAGCAGAUUGAAAAGACAGGUUCAUUGCUGGCCUGAUAGGUUCAUUGCUUUCCCUCUCACUGAUUGAUAUGGGAUUUUACUAGACAUUUGCACUUACUCUACUGGACUCUCAUAAUUGCCAAAGCUUUUUUGAUUCCUCCUUUUCGACAACAAAACAAACACGUCUCCUUGCUUUUGUCAUUACAUGCACUGUCUGCCUGUAUAGCUUACCUGAUGCUUUUUGCUCCCUAUAUACAAUAAUAGUUCACAAUCAUUUCCCAGUUUUGUGGAUAUUUGCUGGCAAAUAUUGCACACUUACUAAAUGGUAGUUUGGGUGGUUAUGUUUGUUUCAAUCCAUCUGUGUGUCACAGGAAUUUGAAGUGUGACAGACAUUUGAAUUAUUUACAAGGGUUCACACAUUUCUAAAAUGACAGUACUUGUUGAAUACGCGCCCCAUCUUUACUUCUAUAAACAGCGCUUUCAACAGCUUGUGUUUCUAAGCACUAUUCUCAGUGUCUGUGUGUUUGGAGUCAAGUAUGCCAUAGAUCAGUGCUCUUUGAAAAUUAUUUGAUACCCCACAUUGUUUUAUGGUUGUCAAUAAUUUUUUGUAGCUUGUCAUCCAAGAUUGUAGUUUUUUUUUUUACCAUUAUGGCUGUUCAGUAUUGUAAUAUAUGGAAAUAACAGUUUUUACUCCCAAAAAAUCAACAAACACAUGUAUAUGGCCCGAGUUUUGAUCUGAUGUCCGCUUUUGUAUUGUGCGUCGUCUUAAAUAUGCCAUGGUGGAAUUAAACGUGAAAUAAGGUGUUUUGUUUA